AUGCCUUCCGGUGACCUCCCCUCCGCGCCCGUCGCUGCCGCCCCGGCCCCCGCCCCCGCCCCGGCCCUCUUCGCGCCGCACACGGGCUUCACGCACGAGCACUUUGGCUUCGGCACGCUCGCGAUCCACGCCGGCGCCAACCCCGACCCCGUGACGGGCGCUGUUAUUCCUGCGCUCUCGCUGUCCACGACGUUCAAGCAGCGCGCCGUCGGUGACUUUGCGUACGAGUACAGCCGCUCGGCCAACCCCAACCGCGACAACCUCGAGGCCGCGAUCGCCGCCCUCGAGCACGGCACGCACGGCUUCGCGUUCUCGUCUGGCUCGGCCACGACGGCCACUGUCCUCAACAUCCUCAAGCCUGGCGCGCACAUCAUCUCCGUCAACGACGUCUACGGCGGCACCCACCGCUACCUCUCCAAGGUGGCCUCGUCUGUCGGCGUCGACGUGUCCUUCGUCAACCUCGAGGACGCGGGUAACCUCGCCGCGGCGAUCACGCCCAACACGCAGCUCGUGUGGAUCGAGACGCCGACCAACCCGACGCUCAAGCUCGUCGACAUCGCCGCCGUGUCGGCCAUCGCACACCAGCACAACCUGAUUGUGGUGGUUGACAACACGUUCCUGUCGCCCUACUUCCAGACGCCGCUCGACCUCGGCGCCGACCUCGUCGUCCACUCGGCGACCAAGUACAUCAACGGCCACUCGGACGUUGUCCUCGGCCUCGCGGCCACCAAGGACGACGCGCUCGCGGCCCGCAUCCGCUUCCUCCAGAACGCGAUCGGCGCCAUCCCCUCCCCCUUCGACUGCUACCAGACGCAGCGCGGCCUCAAGACGCUGCACCUCCGCAUGCGCCAGCACGGCGUCAACGGCCAGGCGGUCGCCGAGUUCCUCGCGGCCCACGAGGGCGUCGAGAGCGUCAUCUACCCCGGCCUCGCUAGCCACCCGCAGCACGAGCUCGCCAAGCGCCAGCAGCGCGGCUUCGGCGGCAUGGUCGCGUUCCGUAUCCGCGGCGACACGCACACUGCCGACCGCUUCCUGCAGCGCACGCACCUCUUCACGCUUGCCGAGUCGCUCGGCGGCGUCGAGUCCCUCUCCGAGCUCCCCGCGCGCAUGACCCACGCCGGUAUUCCGGCCGAGCAGCGCGAGGCCCUCGGCAUCACCGACAACCUUGUGCGCCUCUCCGUCGGCGUCGAGGAGACGGCCGACAUCAUCGCCGACCUCGACCAGGCGAUCCGCUCCGCCGUCAAGGACAACUACUACCACAAGUAA